GAAUAAAUCGAAAUAAUAGCUGUUGCUGCAUAAGUAAGAUAUGAGAUUUUACACGAGUUCCUUACAGUAACAUAUCUAGCUACUUACACUUACGGAUAAUGUAAAAUAAAAAAACAAUCUGAUCACAUAUGCACCUGCAUGGCUUAUCAAGUAUCCAGGCAAACUAUUGAGCAAACCAUAUAGUAUGAAGAAUCCGAGUCAGAGUAUAUAAGAGUCUAGAAAACUGCUCCAAGUACACGCAGUAGUUGGAUAGGUGCACGAAUUUUUAAAUAUAUUCAAGAUACGGAGCUCAACAAUGCUACUCAAAUACAUCGUUAUAAUUGGCUUAGUUGUUUCGAGCCAAGCUGCCCAGUUGUCCUUAAACCAAGUACUGGCUCUUGCAGAAGCAGAAAAUCUUGAUUCCGUACCUCAGUAUAGCUUUAGCUACAGUGUAGCUGAUGGAUUGACAGGUGAUAAUAAAGCACAAGAAGAGACUCGCCAAGGGGAUGUAGUACAAGGCAGCUAUAGCCUAAUUGAACCCGAUGGUUCGAAGCGCACAGUGACAUACAUAGCUGACCCAAUCAACGGCUUCAACGCCGUUGUACAGAAAGAUCCACGAUUAAGUGUCAAUAGAGCAGUGUCACCUUUGCCAGUACUCGAAAAUACGAUCGAAGACGUCAACAGAGGCAAUGUUAAUAGUCUCAUCGUUCAGUCAGAUUCUCGAUUUGAUCAAUUAAUUAGGCCACGGUUGAUUGCCGAGGCAGAGCAGCAGCAGCAGCAGCAGCAGCAGCAACAGCAGCAACAGCAGCAACAGCAGCAGCAGCAGCAACAGCAACAGCAGCAGCAGGCCGACAUCGAACGGCUGCUGAACUUAAACAUUCAUGCUACCCAAAGAAAGCAGCUACUUGAACGCGAGCUUCAGAAAAAGGAACAGCGAGAACGAGAUGAGAGUGUUGUGCGCUCGAACUUAGCCUCGAUUCAAAAACAGCUACAGCAACGUGAACAGCAAGCCCAACUUGAUGAAAUUCUUAACUCAAACCUAGUUCGUCGUGUCCAACAGCAACAACAAGUGAGACCAGUCUUGGUAACAGCUAGUCAAGUUGAGCAGUACUUGCGACCAGCUUUGCUUAACACUCAGCAAGAACGCGUUCUACGUCCAUUUAUUUCAUCCAGCAACGUUGCGAGACCAACUUUGGUGUCAUCCCAGCUCAUAGACUCUCAGAGACUCUUGGCCAAUUCCAUUAUUGGACAAAACAAAAUUUCGAAUGAACAACGUCUCCGAUCUUCGGCCUUGCUUCCGACUUCUACGGUCUCAUCGGCUAAUCUCAUUUCCGUUCAUCGUAACCGCUUAAUACAGAAUGUCAAUAGUCUUCCUGCAUCUUUACUUCGAGCAAUAAAUACUGUCAAUGGUCCAUUGUCCAAUGUUCCAGAUAAUGUCAACAAAAAUUCAGUUUCUCUCGACUUGGAAAUCGACAAUCGUCAAGUAAAAUCUAAUUUGGACCAACAGCGCGCUAUUAAUAAUUCUCCACUGGUUCAGUAGCAUUAAUUUUAAAAUAAUGAAUAAACUUUAAUAACCACCAAAGUAUAAAUUUAUUAAAUAAAGUAAAAUCACUUUUGCAUUUUGAACACGAGUAUAUUAAAACAAGUUUUUAUGCGGCUAGAAGCGUGGCAAGACAUAUAUUUACUACAUUCAUUAUUAAUUAAUUGUAUUUUA